AUGCUGAGGGUUAGGGUACCCGUACCUUUAUCAGUGGAACAAACCAGAGCUAGGACUGGGACAAAGGCCCACCAAUGUGAACAUAUCCGAGGAGCUGUAAAAACCCGAACGGAAAACAUCACUUUUCGCGUGCUGGGCGUCAAGGAGGACGUCUACGGUAUCAGCCCAGUCGGCAUCCUCAUCUACACGGGGGACGGUUUCAUGUCAGCGACCAUAACGUCGACGCACCCACAGGACACGCCCGCCGCGCUUAGCUUCCCGCCGCAGGCGGACCAAUCAGACCACGAUUGGGCAACGGUUGCCAAGCACUCAAUCAGUUACGCGGGGCCUUUUGUUAUCAACGACCAGAUGUCUGCGACCGAGACGUCGGGACAGGUCUUCCACGGACCAUUUACGGUCGCGAACGUACCAUCGUCAAUCGGGACGAAGCAGGCCAGGAAUUAUACGCUGUAUGAAAAUGGUAGACUGCUGUUCAUCACUUCAAAGAGAGGGGACGGGAGCGUGGGUCAGCUGUGGUGGGUAAGAAGCACCUGA